AUGCUGGAAUUAAAUAUCAAUUCUAUCGAUCAAAUGAAUUAUUCGGUUAGCGUGUCGACUUUCUCGGUCUAUUCUCAUUUCAAAGCUCGCAUCGUCAUUAGCUUAGAGGAUGAUGGCAAUUCUCUUUAUCAAGUACGCGGCUUGGGGAAUACGCGGCUCUUGCUGCUCUUGGUGCUGCGGCUGAGCGUGUGGGUGGGCCGGGCGGGUCCUCGGCCGGUCGCCGGUGAGCUCGAAGAGUCGGCGGAGACGAGCCGCGAGCGCCUGGAGAAAGUGCGUCAGGUCCUGAGUGAGGUACCCCUCAUCGACGGACACAACGAUUUGCCCUGGAAUAUCCGCAACUUCGUCCACAAUCAGUUGGCAGAGUUCGAGUUCGACACGGACCUGAGACAAGUCGUCCCCUGGAGCAAAAGCGCCUGGAGCCAGACCGAUCUGCCCAGGUUGAGGCAGGGCAUGGUUGGCGGGCAGUUUUGGGCAGCAUACGUGCCAUGCGAGUCCCAGCAUCUCAACGCCGUGCAGAUGACUCUGGAGCAGGUGGAUCUAAUCAAGAGGCUCAUUGAAAAAUAUUCGCAGCACAUGCAGUUUGCUACAUCCUCUAGAGAGAUCCUGGAGGCCCAUAACCGGGGCAGAAUAGCCUCGCUGAUCGGCGUCGAGGGUGGUCACAGUCUUGGGAGCAGCCUCGCUGUACUCCGGACCCUCUACCAGCUGGGCGUGCGUUACCUCACGCUCACUCACACCUGCAACACACCCUGGGCAAAGAGCUCCAACGUCGAGCAGAACGACGAGCAAGGUGGCGGUCUCACGACGUUCGGCAAGGCCGUGAUAAGAGAGAUGAACCGUCUGGGGAUGUUGAUCGAUCUGAGCCACACGGCGCGCAGGACGAUGAGGGACGCCCUGAGGACGAGCAAAGCUCCCCUCAUAUUUUCCCACUCGUCGGCCUUCGCCAUCUGCAACUCAUCCAGGAACGUGCCCGACGACAUACUCAAAGAGCUGGCUUCGAACGGUGGACUGGUAAUGAUCACGUUUUACAACUACUUCGUCAAGUGUGGCGAGCAGGCGACUGUUGCCGACGUCGCCCAACACAUUUAUCACAUUAGGAAUUUAAUUGGAGUGGACCACGUUGGCGUGGGCGGCGACUUCGACGGCAUUAACAAAACGCCACGAGGUCUCGAGGAUGUCUCCAAAUACCCGGAACUAUUUGCCGAGCUACUGCGCAGUGACAAGUGGAACGUGCUCGAUCUUAAAAAGGUCGCCGGAUUAAAUUUACUGAGGGUCUUACGCCAGGUAGAGCGUGUGAGGGACGAGAUGAGGAACGCCGGAGUGAUGCCGUCCGAGGAGGUCCUGGAUUCCCCAGACACGACCGGCGUUUGCUCCCUGGACAUAAACUCCGUACAGCGAGCCAUGGAAGUGUAAACAAAAAGAAAAGCAAGCAGAACUAAACAAAAAGCAGCAUGCACGAGCGCGUC